ACCUGCUUGCGACCGUUGGAAUCCUACGUAAUUCCCCAUCUCUCCCUCUCUCUUCCUUUCCGCUUACUUACCUACUCGAAUUCAAUGCAUUAUAUCUAAUGACCUCCACGGACGAGCCCCCAGUAGCUCCCAGCCUGCCUUGGCGCGCGAGCUCAAUUGCCACCGUUGGCACGAUUGGCGCAAUCUGUCGCGCAUUUCUGUAUGGACUCAGUUACACCGAGUCGCCAGGCCUAGAGAGGUUCCUGGGGGUGCUGGACGAGAGGAGGGAUAUAGAAGGGAGGAAGAGAGGGUUGAUCACAGUUUCAAACCAUGUUUCUGUGUUGGACGAUCCGAUGAUAUGGGGUGUACUGCCUAUGCGCUACCUGUUGAACCCUAACAUGUCGCGCUGGAGUCUAGGCUCCUACGAUCUAUGUUUUCAGAACAAAGUAACAUCCACAUUCUUCACUCUCGGCCAGGUCCUCCCCACCCACCGCUCCGCCCACUCUUCUCACGGCGGCCUGUUCCAACCGACCAUAACUCAAGCAAUCCGCCUUCUCUCCGCUGGACCAUAUCACAAAAAACUCUCCCAAGCUCCGCCAGACUCACCUGCGUCAAAACCCUCCAUAUCCCUACUUAGCCCGGACAUUGUUGACCCCUUCACUUCUGCCGCGCUUACGUACACCACAACGGGCCACGACACAUUCCCUGCCCCCUCAGCCUACCUCUCCCGACGACACAGCUGGAUCCACAUCUUUCCCGAAGGCAAGAUCCACCAGAAAGAAGACCUGACGAUGCGAUAUUUCAAAUGGGGCGUGGCACGGCUCAUACUGGAGAGCGAGCCGUGUCCAGACCUGGUUGCGCUGUGGAUCGACGGGCCGCAGUGGGCAAUGCACGAGGAGAGAGAGUUUCCGCGCUUUGUGCCGCGGCCAGGGAAGAACAUUAGCGUUGCGUUCGGGGACAAAGUAGAUAUGGACGGGGUGUUUGGGGAUUUGAGGGAGAAAUGGAAAACAUUGAAGGGGAGGAAUGGAGGUGAGGGGUUGUUCAUGGGGGAAUUGAACGAAGAAUUGAAGUUUGGGCGGGAGGCUGUGGAGUUGAGAGAGGAGUGUACGAUGAGGGUGAGGAAGGAGGUGUUGAAAGUGAGACGGCAGAUGGGGUGGCCGGAUGAAGAUCCAAAGUCGAGCUUGGUAGAGACGUGGCGGCUGGAAGGGGCGAAGGAGGAGGGACGGAUGGAAGACGGUAGUAUUGUGAAAGAUAUGUAGUAGUAAGGUGGAAGGCAGAAUGUUGGUCUGAUUCAGUAUGAUAUCUGCGUCACGAGUAAACAUGUAACUAAGGUGGGGCUCAACAGGCACCUCAGGUCGAUACUAGACUCGAAGCAUCUGAUUGGCCACUCCAUCGCU